AUGUUAGCGCGACGGCAUCAUACUGUCCCAGAUUGUCUUGCCUAUAGGAUUUUAUCAAAUACAACAGGUCAAUUAACGAUUCUGUUCUAUUACGCUGGUAUAUACACAAAUAUUCUGAUAACAAUAAAUCGAUGCUUCGUGAUAACAUGGCCAGCCCUCUAUCAGAAAUACUUCGAUAAGUCAAUGACAAUACGAUGGAUCAUGAUUGUGUGGUCAUUGUCAUUCUUACAAAGUUGUAUCUAUCUAAUUCAAUUCAAGCGCUCACUGUGCAUUAUGGCACUUAAAGCGAGUGGUGCAUGCCCAAUCUCAGUUACCGAGCAACAGCAACGUCGCAAACGAGAGAAUCGAUUCUUCGUGCAGGUGAUCGAUUCCAAAUGUGUAUUACCUCUGUAG